AUGUUGUUGUCACGGGGGCUGCUAGCCUCUACACUCCUUCUCGCCGUCAAGGCACAAGAUGGUAUCGACCAAGCCGCAGUCAACAUUGCUACAGGAUUUGCGGAGACUCUCAUUCAACAUGCUUAUACUACUCUCAACAGAGAUUCAGGAGGUUCUGGUGAUGCUGGAAGCGGUGGAAAUCAGGGCCAAGCUUUCGACGCGAGUUUACUAGACAAGCAACAGAAUGCAGCCGACAACGAUGCCACCGUCACUCAGAUCAUACAGGGCCAAAUUACUAUCGAGACAUACACUCGCCCCGGAGGAGUACUAUUCCCCGUGACACUCCUUCCACACCCAAGAAUUACGCUUGCUCCGACCCGUAAUGACCCUUAUGAAAGGAUUAUUCAGGCUUAUACUGGAGGUAACGAUGCCACUACGAACCAGGAAAUCACAAUCGCCGAGCCCUCGGGAACAAACCCGGGUACUAUUCUUGUCGACGUUCCUGGUACUGCUUAUUCUUCUUUCUCAUCGGGCCAGGCCGGCGCGUUGACAAUCCCUCCUUCAAACGACAACCCGACAGCCACGAUUAUUUCGGCGUUGCCUAGUGGUGUUGCCAUUACUGGCGAGGCUACAAGGACAAUUCCGGCGGCUGGAAAUGCCCCAGCGACUGUUGUUAUCCAGACUCCUUGGGCAGACGUGCCACCAAGCACUCCUGGCGUUGGAGGUGCUGGCGCUGGCGGUGCCGUUGGCGGCAACGCUGGAGGCAGUACAUCCAAUGUUUUGGUGAUUCAAACAUAUACCGGAACUGAGUACAUCACCCAGGCUCGAGUUUCCACCAUCGUUGGUUCUGGGGGCGAUCAGGGGACAGUAGUUGUCCAGGUCCCUCAAGGUAACCAGAAUCCCGGUGGUGCUGUCACGAUUCCUCCAAGUGACGGUGGUCAUUUCACCACGAUUCUCAGGCAAUACACAGGAGCUUCAGCUAUUUCAACUCCCGUCACAAUCCUUGUUCCAACCUCGGCAGGCCAGGAUGGAACAAUCAUCAUUGAGACGCCUGGACCUUCGAGCACAUCUGGCACCGGUGGAGACAGUGAUCUUCCUGAAAACCAACCUCAGGUUAUCCCCCCCAGUGGCGAUAACCCUUAUUCUACGAUCUUGAGGCCCCACGCUGGUUCCGAUCAGAUUACUGAGCCUGUUACGUAUACUGUGCCUCCAUCUGGUACCAAUCCAGGAACGAUUAUAAUCGAGACCCCAGCUGUGCGCGCUGGUCAGCAGGUCAUCACGCUUCCAUCCGAUCCUAACAGUGGUUAUAUCACCAUUGUUAGGCAGCCAAACAUUGCGAUCACUGCACCCAAUACGAUCACAAUCGCACCCUCCGGCGGUCAGCCAGGGACUAUUAUUAUCGAGACUCCUGCCCCUCAACCCGGCGAUGUCGAGAUCACAAUUCCUCCUGGCCAAGAUGGUUCUUUUGUGACCAUUAUCCAAGGUCCUACAGGAUCCAAUGCCGUCUCAGUCCCUAACACGAUCACAAUCACUGGGGCUCCUGGCCAACCUGGAACAAUCAUCAUCCAGACUCCAGUGCCGACUGGAGGUGGACAGAUCACUCGAGGUCCUGGUGAUCCUUUCACCAUUCCUGCUGGAUCGGGUCGAUAUGUCACCAUUUUCCGACCUCAUAGUGGUGAUCCAAUUUCGGUUCCGAUCACGCUCACCCAGCCAGGUACGAAUGGUCAACCAGGCACUAUCAUUAUUGAGACGCCUGAUCCGACCACGUCUGCACCAGGAAGUGGGCCUAUUACCAUUCCUGCUGGAGGUAACAGCCCUUAUGUGACUAUCUAUAGGCCACAUAGUGGAAGCCCUAUCAGCGCACCAGUCACGAUCACCGUCCAACCCAGUGGUACCCAACCGGGGACUAUUAUCGUUGAGACACCAAUACCAACGCUGGAGACCCCCAAGGGCCAGAAUGCGGUGACUUCCCCUGCUGCGGGCGGCCAACCGAUCACCAUCCCUCCCAGCAAGAACAACCCGUAUGUCACCAUUUACCGUCCUCAUACGGGUGACCCCAUUACCGUCCCCAUCACCAUCACGCAGUCUCCCUCAAACGGACAGCCUGGAACCAUCAUCAUUGAGACUCCAGCUCCGCCAGCUGACACCGUCACUGAGACUGAACCUCGUGCGACUGUGACCGUUCAACCUGAUACCCCCGGUGGAUAUACAACCAUUUAUCGACCGCAUACGGGCGAUCCAAUCUCUGAGCCUAUCACUGUCACAACCAUUAGUGGUUCGAACGGCCAGCCAGGAACCGUUAUCAUUGAGACUCAAGGCCCCUUCACUGUCACUGCCACUGGCCCUGGCGGUACCGCCACUAUCUACACUCCUGGAUCAGAUGUUAGUACCACAGUUACGAAGACCGUCACCUUGACAGUUUCAGGAGGUCAACAAUCUACUGCUAUUGUUAUUGAGACUCCACCUCCAGUAAAGGUUCAACCCACAACUGCAAUGGUUACGGUGACUGGCCCUGAUGGAUAUGUCACCGUUACUGAACAGUACACCGGGACGAGUGUUAUUACGGCCAUCUUUACUACCACAAUCAUUGGAUCUGGCACAAAUCCUGGAACGGUUUAUAUAGAGACACCGCCACCAAUCAAGUUCGCUCCCACUUCAACGGUUUCUGGCACCGACAAUUAUAUCACUGUCUAUGAACCGUUCCCCGGCCCAGGCAUGAUUACGGCACCCAUUACCGUUACGCAGGCUACUCCUUCCGGUGGGCAGCCGGGUACAGUGAUUAUCCAGACCCCUGUUGCGGACACCCCUGCCACUACACCCCUGCCAGAUCCUACUACUACACAGGGACCUGAUGGUUAUGUCACUGUGUAUCUUGCGUUCCCUGGCCCUGGUGUCAUUACCACGUCCUAUACCAGAACACAGGCCCCUUCAGGUGGAAACCCUGGAACUGUAUUCAUUACAACGCCAGCCCCUCUACCUGCUACAACUUCUGAGGCAAAUCUUCCUAGUACUACCUCUGGAACAGAUGGUUACGUGACAGUUUUUAUCCCAUAUCCGGGACCGGGCGAGAUCACUGCGCCCAUCACCAGGACUCAGCCACCUGCAAAUGGCCAACCUGGUACUGUCUUCAUUACCACACCUGUCCCUGCGUUCACUACACCGAAGCAGAUGAAUGGGUUAACUUCCACGUCUCAAGGAACAGAUGGUUAUGUCACAGUUUUUGUUCCUUACCCAGGACCAGGCGAGAUAACUGCACCCAUUACAAGCACUCAGCCACCUGCCAACGGCCAGCCUGGUACUGUUUGGAUCACUACACCUGUCCCUGCAUUCACUACGCCAAAGCAGAUGAAUGGGUUGACUUCCACUUCCCAAGGAACAGACGGCUAUGUGACAGUAUUCCUGCCCUUCCCUGGGCCAGGUGUAAUUACUGCUCCUAUCACAAGUACCCAGCCCCCUGCUAACGGCCAGCCCGGGACCAUUUUCAUCACAACGCCAGCACCGCUGUCCACUGAUCAGCAGAAUGUGGCAACCACUGCACCUGGUGAUGAUCAAUAUGUUACCGUUUUCCUGCCCUUCCCGGGUCCUGGUGUUAUCACUGCACCUAUUACCCGCACUCAGGCACCGUCUGGUGGCAACCCAGGAACUGUGUUUAUCACGACGCCGGCUCCUGAGACUACGACCCAGCCUGAGACUUCUGCCCUCACUACGGAUAACUAUAUCACCAUUUACACCCCUUUCCCAGGACCAGGUGUAAUUACAGCUCCUAUUACUAUUACCAAACCGCCAUCCAAUGGCCAGCCCGGAACAGUUCUUAUUGAGACUCCUGUUCCAUUGAGCUCUAGUGCCGAUACAUACGUGACGGUCUACAGGCCCUAUCCGGGUCCUGGAACGAUCACUGCACCAAUUACCCUGACUCAGGCUCCUUCCAACGGCCAGCCCGGUACGGUGUUCAUCGAGACUCAGCCGACAGAAACGCUGACUCCAACAACGCAAACUACUGAUGGUUCCACUCCUCCCAUUACCAUUCCUCCUGAUCCGACUGGUUCUUAUGUGACAAUCUACCGACCGUAUCCCGGCCCUGGCCAGAUUACAUCUCCCAUCACAUACACUCAAUCCCCUGUUUCUGGCCAGCCUGGUACUAUCAUCAUCGAAACUCCCAACCCUGAUGCCAAUACUGCUACCCAGACAGGCCCAGUUACUGUUCCUACUGGAAGUAACAACCCAUAUAUCACAGUAUAUAAGCCCUAUCCUGGCCCCGGCAACAUUGAUCAGCCUAUCACCAUUACUGCUGCGACUCCCACGGGUGACCAGCCAGGCACGAUCAUCAUUGAGACACCUACACUAGAGGUCAAUACCAAGUUUGCUCCGUCGCCAAUUUCUUCGCCACCAGUUACCAUUCCGGCUGAUAACAACAACUAUGUCACCGUCUAUAGGCCACACACUGGAUCCUCGAUUACUGCGCCAAUCACUGUCACUACCAUCGCACCUUCAGGAGGACAACCUGGCACCGUGAUUAUUGAAACGCCAGGACCUGAGUCUCAGUCCGAGGCCCAGCCUACAACCACAGACAGCCCGCCUGUUACCAUUCCUCAAGGUCAGGACGGAUACGUGACAGUCUAUCGGCCGUUUCCCGGUCCUGGUGUUAUCACAGCACCGGUCACCGUGACCACUAUUGCGCCGACUAAUGGUCAACCUGGAACUGUCAUCAUUGAGACACCUGUGCCCCAAGCCGCGCCGGAGACCACAUCAGCACCAGAUGUUACUUCUACUCAGGGAACUGAUGGUUAUAUCACGGUCUUUCGGCCAUACACUGGCACUCGUCUCAUUACAGCGGCUAUCACUGUCUCCACCAUUGCUCCAUCUAAUGGUCAACCAGGAACCAUCAUCGUCGAGACACCUGUGCCUCAGGAUCCAAUGACUACGACUAGUGAUGCUGCGCCUGUCACCAUUCCACCAGGACCCAGAAACUCGUACGUGACGGUCUAUAGACCUCAUAUAGGUACUGACGUCAUCACGGCACCUGUAACGGUUACUACUAUUGAAGGAGUUAACGGUCAGCCCGGGACCAUCAUUAUUGAGACACCGGGGCCUCAGGCGGCAACCUCGACAGAUGGGACUACCGAGACUGCACCUGUGACCACCCCACACGGCUCGGACAGCUCCUACAUCACUGUCUAUAGACCACAUACAGGAACUGAUGCCAUUACGGCACGUGUGACCGUAACUACUAUCCCGGGUGUCAAUGGACAGCCGGGAACAAUCAUUAUCGAGACUCCCGCGGCCCAGGAUACCAAUGCGCCUAGCACUGCCCCUGAAAGCCCUGGCAGUACCUACAUCACUGAAUACCGUCCAUAUCCUGGGCCAGGCAAUAUUGAUCAGCCCAUCACGGUGACAACUAUCGAACCCUCUAACGGAAACCCGGGAACUGUUAUCAUCGAGACACCUACUCCAGAUGUCAACACGAAGGUUGCCCCGCCUCCUGUUACGCUCGAUCCUGGCCCAAGUGACCAGUAUGUUACUGUCUACAGACCUUACACAGGUACUGGGGUAAUCACUGGACAUGUGACUGUUAGUAACAUUGCGCCUUCAGGUGGCCAGCCCGGAACAGUUAUCAUUGAGACCCCUGAACCAGAAACGCCUGGCCCUAACCCAACAGUGACUUUGCCCGCUGGCCCUAAUGAGUCUUACAUUACUGUGUUCCGACCGCAUACGGGCACCGAUGUGAUUACUAGUCCUAUCACAAUUACAACUAUCGCCCCCGCCAAUGGCCAGCCCGGCACUGUCAUCAUUGAAACUCCUGUUGAGUCUGAGCCUGCCUCUACCCCGGCUCCUGUUGAUUCAGCAACGAGUGCUCCUCAAGCUACUUAUGUUACGGUCUACCGCCCUCACACUGGCAUCGACAUAAUCACUGCGCCUGUUACUGUCACAACCAUUGAGACCUCAGGAGAUCAGCCGGGAACAGUCAUCAUUGAGACCCCUGAUCAAGAUUUACCUCCUGUGACAACCUCUACUGGACCUCUUGCCACCUAUGUGACGGUUUACCGACCCUACACUGGAGCAGACAGGAUCACAGAACCUGUCACUUUCACGACUAUCGAGCCGACGAACGGCCAACCCGGUACAGUUAUCAUUGAGACUCCAGGACAGCAAGUGGCCGCUGUGACGACCACCCCUGCCCCUGCUACUUACGUAACUAUCACUAGACUCUACACUGGAACAGACCAGAUCACAGAACCAAUCACGACCACUAUCCCUCCCCAAGGUGAUCAGCCUGGUACCGUGAUCGUUGAGACUCCAGGGCAGCAAGUGCCGCCGGUAACCUCAACGCCUGGCCCUGCUUCAUAUGUGACCAUCACCAGGCUUUACACAGGUACAGAUCAGAUCACAGAGGCUAUAACGAGCACUAUUCCCCCUCAAGGUGACCAGCCUGGAACAGUUAUCAUUGAGACGCCUGGCCAGCAAGUGGCCGCUGUGACUUCCACCUCUGCACCCCCUUCUUAUGUGACAACGACGGUUCCCUAUACUGGCACUGACCAGAUUAGCGUACCUAUUGUUACUACUGUCUCUCCCGAAGGCAACCAGCCGGGAACUGUCAUCGUUGAAACACAGGCUCCGUUUGUUACAGUCUAUCUUCCGCAUACAGGCACAGAUCAGAUCACCGGUCCAGUCACUGUCUCGACCAUUGCUCCCACAGGGGAUCAGCCUGGCACAAUUAUCGUUGAGACCCCUGGCGCGGCGCCUGCUGUCACAACUACACCACCUGCGCCAUCGUACGUCACUAUUACUACUUUGUACACUGGAACAGAGAUACUCAGCGAGGCCACUACCGUCACUACGAUCCCCCCUCAAGGAGAUCAACCUGGUACUGUCAUUGUUGAGACCCAGGGCCCUUUUGUGACAAUUUCGACACUUUAUACUGGAACAUAUGUGAUCACAGCGCCGACAGCCCUUACAACGAUUCCUCCCCAGGGAGGACAGCCUGGAACUGUGGUUAUUGGAACACCAGGAUCAUACAUCACAACGACUGUGUUGUAUACUGGCACCGGCUUGAUUACUGGGCCUACGGCUCUCACAACGGUCCCCCCUCAAGGCGACCAGCCCGGCACCGUCGUUAUUGCCACGCCCCCUUCGUAUGUCACGACAACUAUUCCUUACACUGGAGCCGAUCAGAUCACAGCGCCGAUCACGGCUACUACCAUCCCCCCCUCAGGGAACCAGCCUGGAACUGUCGUCAUCGAGACCCAGGCCCCAUUUGUCACGAUCUAUCGCCCUCACACUGGUAUCGACAGAAUCAUUGCGCCUGUUACGGUUUCGACCAUCGCCCCAUCUGGUGACCAGCCAGGUACGAUUGUGGUCGAAACCCCUGGCGCAGAACCUCCUGUCACUACAUCGCCUCCUCCUCCAACAUACACGACACUUUAUGAGGAGUACUCCGGCACUGAUGAUAUUACUGAGCCUUUCGUCAAGACAACUAUUGAGCCACAAGGUGACCAGCCCCGCACCAUUAUCUUUGAUACUCCUGCCCAGCGAGUUGUGUCCACCAGUGCUGCACAACCUUCCUAUAUUACGGUUUACAAACCUCAUUCUGGCUCAGACAGAAUCACCGCCCCUGUUACUGUCACUACCAUCCCCCCGCAGGGAGAUCAACCGGGCACUGUUAUCAUUGAAACACCAGGUUCGGAGCCUGCUAUCACGUCGACGGCUGCCCCUGAGCCAUCUUAUGUCACAGUGUAUCAGCCCCAUACUGGGCUCGACAGAAUUACUGAGCCUGUCACAAUCACAACCAUUCCUCCUCAGGGCGAUCAGCCAGGUACAGUGAUCAUUGAGACACCAGGUGCAGAACCCCCUGUAACUUCAGGACCUGCUCCUGAACCUUCAUAUGUGACGAUCUAUCAGCCACACACUGGAUCUGAUAGAAUUACUGAGCCAGUUACACUGACCACCAUCGCACCCUCUGGGGAUCAGCCUGGAACUGUUAUCAUUGCAACGCCUGGUACUGCGCCUCCAGUUACAUCAGCCCCUGCCCCCGAACCUUCAUAUGUGACAGUAUACAGACCUCACACUGGUGCUGAUCAGAUCACUGCGCCGGUCACAAUUACGACAAUUGAGCCUCAAGGGGACCAGCCAGGAACAGUGAUUAUCGAGACACCGGGCUCUGAGCCUCCUGUUACCUCGACACCUGCUCCUUUGUAUACCACCAUUUAUGAACCUUACACUGGUACCGGCGAGAUUACAGGCGAAGUUACCGUCACAACCAUUCCUCCUCAGGGCGACCAGCAGGGUACUGUCAUCAUUGAGACACCGGGUCCGCAAACCGCAAACAAGGGAGCAAACCCUCCUCUGACUAUUCCUGCUGGAGAUGAUAGCUACGUGACGGUGUUCAGGCCUUACACAGGAACCCCUAUGAUAACAGCGCCUGUCACGGUUACGACCAUCUCUCCGUCUGGCGGCAACCCAGGCACCGUUAUUAUUGAAACGCCCGCACCUGAAGCGGCAGCUACAUCUGCCGAGGAUGUUUACGUUACCGUAUACACCAUUUACACUGGCACGGGUCAGCUUACGGCGCCAACUACAGUCACAACCAUUGCUCCUGUCUCCGGAACUGGUACUAUCAUCGUUGAGACUCAGGCCGAGGCUACUACUCCUGCGCCUGUCACGAUCCCGCCCAGUGACAAUAGCCCCAAUAUAACUAUCGUGCGUCAGUAUCCUGGCCCAGGAGUCAUCACUGCUCCGGUGACCUCCUAUGAGCCACCAAGUACGCCUGGGCAGCCUGGAACGAUCAUCAUCGAGACUCCAGCCCCCAUUUCUGAGACUACAUCUGAGGCACCAGGCACCAAUGUUACUCUCUAUACCUUGGCCCCCCCAGGUGUCAAGAUUCCCAUCACCAGUUACGCACCCCCACAAACACGAGGCCAACCAGGAACUGUGUUCAUUCAGACGGUGGCCACUGAUACUGAAUCUAUCUCUGAGGAAGGUAGGAACGUGACUAUUUACACUGACGGUCCCGACUCUCUGACUGUACCGUACACUACCUACUACCCUCCUGGCUCCUCUGGAGAUCCCGGAACCGUUGUAGUUGAGACUCCUCCUCCAGUUCCUACUGGUCCUGCCUCAGUAUCGGCAGUGCCCACCACUGAUGAUCCAGCCAGUGGCAUCACAACACCUUCUUCCAGCAAUCCCGAUGCACUCACCUUGACUCCGAGAGAUAGCAACGAUGACUUUACCGUCAUUGAACCCAACACCAGGUUCGCUGGUGCUAGCGAGAAUGUCACACAGAUUAUCCCCGCAACUGAUGGAACCCCCGGAACACAGAUCAUCUACACACCUGUGGAUACAUCAGGAGAGUCAUCCGCUGGAGCACCGGAUACUGACAGUUAUGUUACUAUCAGUGCGACAGUCACUAUUCCUGGUGAUCCCUCAACACGUACCGGGUCCAAUUCCGACGCCGGAAGUGACGCAGGUACCACCGGCGCGGAAACCAACGUCAUCAUUAUCCCCCCCAGUGGUACUGAGCCAGGAACAGUUCUCUCGCAAACUAGUGUUUACUUGUAUCAGGCCUUGGCUGAACACGGAAAUGUGACGAUCACCAGGACAGCACCCAGUGGUGUUACCACAAGGUUCACUACUUACUCGCCUCCAGCUCAACCAGCUGAUCCAGGAACCAUCAUCAUUGAGAUUCCAGAAUACAAUGUCACAAUCACGAGGGCAGCUCCUACUGAUAUCACGACCACAAUCACAACUUAUUCGCCUCCUGCAACGCCUGGUGACCCAGGUACUGUCAUCAUAGAGACGCCCGAUUAUAAUGUCACUAUUACCCGUGAGGCGCCCGCAUCGAUCACAAGUCUACGCACAAGCUACGCCCCUCCAGGAACUCCUGGCGAUCCUGGCACCGUGAUUGUUGAAACUCCAAACAACGACUACAACGUGACCAUCACUCGCGGCGCCUCGAUUACAGCGCCCUUCACCACAUACUCUCCUCCUGGCGCCUCAGGAGAUCCAGGCACCAUCAUCGUCGAGACCCCAGAUUACAAUGUCACCAUUACCCGAGAGGCACCAGCUUCGAUUACUGACGUACGAACGACAUAUAAUCCUCCAGGUACCCCAGGCGAUCCGGGUACUGUCAUCGUCGAAACACCAAACAAUGCCUACAACGUCACCAUCACAAGGGCGGCUCCCGCUUCGAUCACAAGUAUAUAUACCACAUACUCGCCUCCAGGUGCUCCUGGUGAUCCAGGUACCGUUAUUGUUGAGACACCCGACUACAAUGUUACUGUUACUCGUGGUGCCUCGAUCACGGCCCCCUUCACAACGUACUCGCCCCCAGCUACACCUGGUGAUCCCGGUACUGUCAUUGUCGAGACACCCGAUUACAAUGUCACCAUAACACGAGAAGCACCGAGAACCGUCACAACCUUGCGUUCUUCAUAUGCCCCACCUGGCACUCCCGGUGACCCAGGCACCGUUAUCAUCGAGACACCUCUUGGUCCUUACAAUGUGACGACGACUCGCGGUGCUUCAACAAUCACAGCGCCAUUUACAACCUACUCGCCUCCUGAUGGGCCUGGCGAUCCCGGAACCAUUAUUGUUGAAACGCCUGACUAUAAUGUCACUGUCACCAGUGACGCUGAUUCUACGGACGCUGCGACAGAUGUUGUCACCAGGUAUAACCCCCCUGGCACUCCAGGUGACCCAGGUACCAUCGCCAUCAUCAUGCCGAACCAGAGAGUUGUGUCAACUUCUCAAGAUCCAUCCACUACCGAUUAUCCUGGACAAAACGUCACUGUCUACAGGCCUGGCCCACGAACUAUGACUGGUCCUGUCACCUCAUACAUUCCUCCCGCAAACCGUGGAGACAACGGUACAGUAAUCAUCGAGACCCCUAGUUCUGCCACUCCUUCAAAUGUGACAAUCACCCAGACUAUCAGCACCAUUACAGCGAUCUACACGACCUACUCGCCGGCCGGUGCUGAAGAUGAUCCGGGAACCAUCAUUGUCGGGAUGCCACCUGACAGCAAUAUCACAAUCACCACCGAGGUACCCAGCAGGACAGCGCCUUACACCACGUAUUCCCCCCCGGCGAAUAAGGGCGAUCCUGGCACCAUCAUCGUGGAGCUUCCUCCUGACAGGAAUGUCACGGUCACGACUGAAGUGGCUAGUCUCACUGCUCCGUAUACUACCUAUGCGGCCCCUGCCAACAAGGGCGACCCAGGAACCGUCAUCGUGGAAAUGCCACCUAACAGGAACGUCACGGUUACAACUGAAGUGCCCACUCGUACCGCUCCGUAUACAGCAUAUUCUGCUCCAGGAUCUCCAGGCGAUCCUGGCACCAUUAUCGUGGAAUUGCCUCCUGACCGCAACGUCACGAUCACUACCGAGAUCUCCAGUCUCACUGCUCCCUACACGACUUAUUCUCCGCCAGGAAGCAAAGGAGAUCCAGGCACAAUUAUCAUUGAAUUGCCUCCUGAUCGUAACGUGACUACCACGGAAGAGGUUCCUACGCUGACCGAGGCCUAUACUACUUAUUCACCACCGGGCAACCGCGGUGAUCCUGGCACUGUCAUUGUGCGACUCCCGCCUGACAGGAACGUGACUAGAACGACCGAGAUCGCUACACUGACUGCUCCUUAUACAGCCUAUUCUCCGCCUGCCAACAGAGGCGAUCCGGGUACUGUUAUCAUCGAAUUGCCUCCUGAUAGGAAUGUUACUACUACGGAAGAGGUCAGCACAAUUACACGGGUCAGAACAACAUAUGUGCCUCCUACCAAUCAAGGAGACCCCGGCACAGUCAUUAUCCAAGAGCCUCCGGACACCAACACUACUAUCGUUGAUGUCGUGCCCACGAUCACACGCCCGGCUACUCGGUUUGUGCCCGCUACCACGAAGGGUGAUCCAGGCACUGUCUAUAUCGACGUGCCACCGAACCACAACGUGACAAUGACCACGACUGUCAGCACAAUCACUCGGCCAAGCACAACAUUUGAACCACCCGCCACUGAAGGUGAUGCGGGCACCGUGCUUGUUCAGAUGCCCCCUGAGUACAAUGUCACCACAACGCAGACUAUUGAAACAAUCAGUAGGCCAGUCACUCGGUACUCUAGCCCUGCUGAGAUUGGCGACCCUGGCACCGUGUAUCUCGAUCUACCACCCGAAUAUAACGUCACCGUCACAACCACGAUCUACAGCAUCACGCGCCAAAGCACGACCUUUGCUCCUGGUGCUACACAAGGAGAUCCUGGCACUAUCAUCAUUGAAAUGCCCCGCGAGUACAAUGUGACUACAACACAGACUGUUGAGACAAUCAGCCGACCAGUCACUCGGUACUCGAAGGCUGGUACUGUCGGCGACCCCAACACUAUCUACGUUGACCUUCCGCCAGAGUAUAAUGUCACCGUAACCACAACAGUCCCCACAAUCACGAGGCAGUCAACGACAUUUGCUCCCGCUGCCACUCAAGGCGAUCCUGGCACCAUCAUUAUCGAAAUGCCGCCUGAGUAUAACGUCACGACGACUCAAACCGUUGAGACCAUCACCAGACCGGUCACUAGAUACUCGAAGCCUGACACUAUCGGCGAUCCCGGCACUAUCUUUGUUAACUUGCCGCCGGAAUACAACGUCACUAUCACCACGACUAUCGAGACCAUCACAAGGCCUUCAACCACGUUUGCUCCAGCUGGAACUCAGGGCGAUCCUGGCACUAUCAUUGUUAAGCUCCCCCCUGAUUCCAAUAUCACGGUCUCAUCAACAGUCCCUACCAUCAGCCGCCCUGCCACACGCUUUGCAAGCCCUGCGGCUGUGGGUGAUCCUGGGACCGUUUAUGUCGAUCUGCCACCGGAGUAUAACGUCACUACAACUGAGACUAUCAGCACUAUCAGUCGUGUCCGCACAACCUUUAAUCCAGCCGCAACCGAAGGCGACCCAGGCACUAUUCUAGUCGAGGUUCCAGCUGACUACAACACCACUACCACUGAGUUAAAUAGUGCGAUCAACAGGGUUAGGACGACCUACAUGCCUGCUGGUACGCAAGGCGACCCAAAUACCGUCCUUGUUGAGAUUCCCCCUGACUACACUAUCACAACAACUGAGACUGUCAGUUCAAUUACUCGUGUCCGGACUACUUACAUGACUGCCGCGACGCAGGGUGACCCUAACACGGUUCUUAUCGAAAUCCCUCCUGAUUAUAACGUUACAUCAACCGAGACUGUCAGUUCAAUCAAUAGGGUCAGAACAUCAUACUAUCCUGCCGGCACCCAAGGAGAUCCUAAUACGGUUCUCAUUCAGGUUCCUCCUGAUUACACUCUAACAACGACUGAAACCAACAGUGCAAUCACUCGGGUUAGGACCACAUAUAUGCCUGCUGCCACUCAGGGCGAUCCGAACACGGUUCUCAUUGAAGUCCCACCGGAUUCCAAUGUGACGACAACCCAGACCAACAGUGCAAUUAGUCGCAUCAGGACCAUCUAUAUGCCAGCCGGUACCCAGGGUGAUCCCAAUACCGUACUUGUUGAGGUCCCUGUCGACUAUAACGUCACCACCACUGAAACCAACAGUGCGAUCACGCGGGUUAGGACCACCUAUAACUCUGGUGCAACUCAAGGCGACCCUGGAACAAUUUUGGUUCAGGUCCCAGUUGACUAUAACUUAACAACCACUGAAACUGUCAGCACAAUCAGCCGGGCUAGAACAACUUACAACCCUGCCUCCGUUCAAGGUGAUCCUAAUACAGUUCUUGUGCAGGUGCCUGUCGACUAUAACGUCACCACUACUCAAACAGUCAGCACGAUCAGCCGGGUCAGGACAUCAUACUACCCAGCUGCCACUCAAGGCGACCCCAAUACGGUCCUGGUCCAGGUCCCAAUGGACUACAACGUGACAGUUACCCACACAAUCACCACUAUCAGUCGUGUUAGGACAACAUAUGGUCCUGCUGCCACACAAGGAGAUCCUGGAACUAUCUACGUGGACGUACCGCCGGAAUACAACGUCACUGUCACAUCAACUGUCAGUACAAUUUCGAGAGCUUAUACAACCUAUUCUGCGCCUAGUACACAAGGUGAUCCAGGAACCAUAUGGACGGUCCCCACGAUCACUCGUAUGUCUACAACAUAUGCUCCUCCAGCUACACAGGGUGAUCCCGGAACUUUCAUUGUGCAGGUUCCCCUUGAUCGUAAUGUUACUACUACUGAGACUGUUCCCACGAUAUCUCGACCUGCAACCCGAUAUGUGGCCCCGGCUACUCAGGGAGAUCCAGGCACCAUUGUUGUGCAAAUGCCCCCUUCAUACAACGUCACGUCAACGCAGACUGUUUCAACCAUAUCCCGACUUACAACUGCAUACUCAGCCCCCGCUACGCAAGGUGAACCCGGAACCGUCUGGGUCCGGGUACCUCCUGAAUAUAACGUCACGUCCACGACUACAGUCUCAACUAUUUCCCGACUCACAACCACAUACGCACCCCCGGCUACUCAGGGUGAUCCGGGAACUUUCAUCGUGAGAGUACCUCCAUCUUACAAUGUCACCACGACACAGACCAUCUCGACCAUUUCACGUGUUGCAACAGCCUACUCACCGCCGGCCACCCAAGGAGAUCCUGGUACUGUCAUUAUACAGAUGCCUCCCGCCUAUAACGUCACUACCACAACCACUGUCUCAACUAUUUCCCGGCUUACAACGACCUACGCACCGCCAGCUACUCAAGGCGACCCAGGUACCUUUAUUGUGCAGGUACCUCCCAAAUACACUGUCACGACGACACAAACAGCCAGCACUAUUACCCGACCUACUACUGUCUUUGCGCCUGCACAAACUCAAGGCGAUCCCGAUACUGUCAUCGUGCAAUACCCCCCUCCUUACAACGUCACGGUCACUACAGCUGGCCCGACAACGCUCACUGCUCGAUACACUACAUACUCACCACCUGGCCAACCUGGCGAUCCCGGUACCGUCAUCGUCGAGAUGCCACCGAGUCGCACAGUCACAAUCACUACAAACGGUGGCACUACAAUCUCUACCCCUGUUACCUCCACUUAUACUCCGGGUGAGCCUGGCGACCCUGCCACCGUGGUCAUCGCAACCCCAGCUCCCCGAUCUACUACAUCUACAACAUCUUCCAGGCCUCUCACCACCAGCAGCACUACAACUACUGCGCCGGCAGCCACCGUCUCCUUCCAUUGUGAUGUCUACGGUUACCUCAUGCAGAAGACGGCUCUCUACCGUGUCGAGAUCACAUCUGGCAAGACAACACUUAUCAAGAGUGAUGUCGGUCCUGGUGGUUGGAUCAACGCCAUCGGUUACAACCGUUUCGACAACUACAUCUAUGGUAUGCAUAUGGACGACACGGGCUCUCAAGUUAUCCGUAUCGGUGGUGACGGCGGUUGGACACUGCUUGGCACUCGUACCAAUGAUCGUCUCGUCCAGAUGGGUGAUGUCGAUAACCAAGGUCGCUUCUGGAUCUCGAACCAGGGCGAAGGCUGGUGGUGUAUCGAUCUCAUGCCUGGCUCGUCCACUUACGGCAAGAUUCUCAUGAGCGGCACCGCCAAGAACCCUCUCAACUCUGCCGAUUGGGCGUUCGUCCCUGGAGGAGGCGACUUCAUGUACUCUAUCAUGUACGACGACCAGGGCAAGACAUCCACGCUAUGCAAGUUCAGCCGUACGACAUACACAUGGACAACAAUCCAGGGCUUUGGUAUGAUUGCUGGUCAAAACGUAUGGGGAGCCGCAUAUGCCUCGCAAGACGGAAACCUUUACGGUUCAGAGAACACCAGUGGUCAGAUCUGGAAGUUCCCUAUCGCCCCUUCGGUUGGAACUCCAAAGUUCCUGGCAACAGGUCCAUCGUCGUCCUGGAACGAUGGUGCAAGAUGUAUCGACAGUCAGACUCUAUAA